AUGGCGGCGGCCAUGAGCUCGGGGCUGGCGGCGGAGUGGGGUGCGCGGCUGCUGUACUGGGCGGCGGCGGCGGGGGGCGUCCUGCUCGUGGCGCUAGGGGCAGCGCCCGCCCUGCGCCUGCUGGCCGCGGCCCUGGGCAGGUGGCGGCAGCUGCGGGCGGUGCCGGGGCUCAGCCCCUGCUACCCGCUGCUGGGCAACGCGCUGCUGCUGGAGCGCACGGCGCACGGUUUCUUUAAACAAAUGUUCCAAUAUUCUGAAGAAUUCAGGAAUCGUUCACUGUUAAAAAUGUGGGUAGGACCAUUCCCUCAUUUGUUACUGUAUCACUCUGACACUGUGGAGGUUAUUCUGAGCAGUUCAAAGCUUAUAGAUAAAUCCUUUUUAUACACAUUUGUACAUCCAUGGCUUGGCACAGGACUCCUGACAAGCACUGGAGAUAAAUGGCGGACCAGGAGAAAAAUGAUAACGCCCACCUUCCACUUCACAAUCUUGACUGAUUUUCUAGAAGUCAUGAAUGAACAAGCCAAUAUUUUGGUUGAGAAAUUUAAAAAACAUGUUGACAAAGAACCAUUUGAUUGCUUUCUAGACAUUACUCUGUGUGCCCUGGAUAUAAUCUGUGAAACUGCAAUGGGCAAGAAUAUUGGUGCACAGAACAAUAAGGAUUCAGAAUAUGUCCGUGCUGUUUACAAAAUGACUGACUUGAUUCACCAGAGACAGAAGACUCCUUGGUUUUGGCCUGAUUUUUUAUAUGCUUUGCUCCAAGAAGGAAAGCAGAGCAACAGAACUCUCAAGAUCCUUCACAGUUUUACAGACAAGGUUAUUGUGGAAAAAGCCAAUGAGAUGAAGAACCACCAAGGAAAUAAAGGUGACUUCGUAGACAGCUGCAAAUCAAGUGAAUCAAAAAAGAGAAGAGCUUUUCUUGACAUGCUUCUGAAUGCAACUGAUGAUGAAGGGAACAAACUGAGCUACCUGGAUAUUCGAGAGGAAGUGGACACUUUCAUGUUUGAGGGCCAUGAUACAACAGCUGCUGGUCUGAACUUGUCCAUAUACUUACUUGCAAGUUAUCCUGAAGUUCAGAAGAAAGUGCACAGGGAACUGGAUGAAGUGUUUGGUGACUCUGACCGUCCUGCCACAACGGAGGAUUUGAAGGAGCUACGCUAUCUUGAGUGUGUUAUUAAGGAAACCCUUCGUCUCUUCCCUUCAGUGCCAUUCUUUGCCCGGACCUUGAAUCAAGAUUGCUCUAUUAGAGGAUUUGAGAUACCAAAAGGAACAAAUGCAGUUAUUUUUCCCUAUGCACUGCACAGAGAUCCAAACGUUUUCCCAGACCCAGAAGAAUUCAGACCUGAGCGUUUCUUCCUGGAGAAUUCUAGUGGAAGGCAUCCAUAUGCAUAUGUACCCUUCUCUGCUGGACCAAGAAACUGCAUUGGCCAGCGCUUUGCACUGAUGGAAGAGAAAGCUGUUCUAGCCAUCCUCCUACGCCACUUUUGGUUGGAAACAAAUCAAAAGCGUGAAGAGCUUGUCCUGGCAGGAGAUCUGAUUCUUCGGCCAAAUAAUGGCAUCUGGAUCCAGGUGAAGAGAAGAACUCACAUGGGAUGAGAAGAAAGUUUCAAGAAUUUAGAUCCCUGUAUAAUAUAAAAUUAUUUUAGAACCUCCUAGUUCUUUCCUUCCACUACAUUCAGAACCACCAUCAAAAGGUCACUGUUCCAUCCCCAUUCUGAAAAUCAAACCACUUUCAGACAUCCAAUUAUUUCAUAGCCUUACUUGACACCCUGGGUUUUCUUUCAUUGAAGUACUAUUCCUGGUGCCCUGUGAAAUGGACAUGUUCAUAGAAAGUGACUAAUUAUUCUCACGCUAAAGAAUAAGAACUCAUACAUAACCUACCCAUUCUCCCAAAGGUAAUAUCACUGAGGUUGUCUUCUAACCAUAGUUUCUAAAUGAUAAGAUGCCAUUACUCACCCACCUAUAGAUUCAUCUGCUCAAUGUACUGCAUCUUAAAUGAAGGAAAUCAUAAUUGUAUAUCCUGACUAGAAUUGUUGUCCUGACAGGGCCAUUGGAGAAGAUACUGACUUGAAUUUGCUUGUAAUGUAUGUUCCAGAACCUCACUUGAGGUGAAUCAUUCUAGAUGCAUGAUGUCAAAGGAGCUUUGAGAUUUUGCUGAGCAGAUUUGCUGAUAGUUUGUUUAAUUUGUUCAGCCAUUUAUGCUAAGUGCCAAAUUUGUGUCUCAUAUACAUGAAUCAUAUAUACUAGCUUCAGAAGUUACAGAAGUGCAAAUAAGAGAAUUAAUGGAUGACUUCCAUGAUGUAUAUCAAAGAAAAAUAUGUUUUUCAAAAUGAAUGUUUUCUGCAACAUCUAUUUUUAAUCUAUUUUGAUUCAUUUUUUGUGAUUUACGUACUAUGCUGUACUCAUCACACAGUUCUCACCAAAUUUGCAUUGUAGAACUUGUCCGUAUGUUAAUGAGUUUGAAUUAAUACCUAAUGAGUUAAUAAUCCAGUUUUUGGGGGUGUUGGCUGUAGCCCUGUUGGUCUAAGGACACAGGCAGACAAGGUUCCUUGAGUAAAUGUGAUAUCUUUUAUUAGACCAACUAAAUUAGAGCAACUAAUUCAAUUGUUAGUAUUUUUUGUAUUUUGGUUUCAUUUCCACUACUGGCAUUUUGGUCCUAAAACUCCCACCAUCUGAAAAACUUGUUUCCUUAGGAGAAGAGGCAAGAUAGAUGUUACCUCUCAAAGCAGAGCACAUCCUCCUGGGCAAUGUGUGAGGAUUCUGCACCUUACUUGUGCUAUUAACUAACUUCAGUCCACAAGCCAGUAAUUGUAAAAAUGUAGCAACCAGGGUCAGAAACUGCUCUGAGAUAUUCUUUUUUUCCACAGCAGCUUUCUAUUUUGUAAUCUUGUAAUUAAAGAUGCAUCAGAAUGCAAUACACCAAAUUCAGGUUGUACAGACAGAGUUGAUGCUG